GAUUCAGACACGGAGAUUCCAGUUUCCCAUACUUUACAACGGCUAAAUCCUCAACCUAAAAAUAAAAUAAAAUUCCUUUCCUGCUCGGUUUCUGAUUUCUUUCAGCAACUCCCUUGUAUAAAUAAUCCGUUACUCACAAAAAAAAAAAAACAAAAAAAAAAACAUAUUAUUUCUCUGUAAGAGCUAGAGACAAUGAAAAGUGGGGAUCUAGAGAGAGGGACAAAGAACAGAGGAAAUAACUCAAAUUUCCCUUCAUACUAUGUUGAAACAGCAGAGAAGCAGUGGACUUCUUGGCUAAUUCCCAUGUUUGUUGUUGCCAAUAUUGCUGUUUUUAUUGUUGUCAUGUAUGUCAACGAUUGUCCUAAAAAAAAUCUCGAUUCUGAACGUGGUUGUGUGGCUAAGGUCCUUGGCAGGUUCUCUUUUCAGCCGUUGAAGGAGAACCCUCUGUUUGGCCCGUCUUCUGCUACUUUGGAAAAAAUGGGAGCUCUUGAGUGGAACAAAGUAGUGCGUGGAGAUCAAGGAUGGAGACUCAUCACCUGUAUGUGGUUGCAUGCUGGUGUUAUUCAUGUGCUUGCAAAUAUGUUGAGCUUGGUCUUUAUUGGGAUUCGCCUUGAACAGCAGUUUGGAUUUGUGCGAGUUGGGCUUAUCUACCUAGUAUCAGGAUUUGGUGGGAGCAUCUUUUCUUCACUUUUUAUUCAGCGAAACAUUUCUGUUGGUGCAUCUGGUGCUUUGUUUGGACUUCUUGGAGCAAUGUUAUCAGAGCUUCUUACCAACUGGACGAUCUAUUCUAAUAAGAUUGCUGCUUUCCUCACACUCUUGGUUAUCAUCGCCAUUAACUUAGUGGUGGGAAUUCUUCCACAUGUUGACAACUUCGCACACAUUGGAGGUUUCUUUACUGGUUUUCUCCUUGGCUUUGUUUUGCUACUUCGUCCACAGUUUGGUUGGGUAGAAAGCCGGUAUUCUCGUGCAGAUGCUCAUGUAAAAUCUAAGCACAAGGCUUACCAAUACAUGUUCUUGCUGGCUGCUGCAGUCUUGCUUAUUGUUGGGUUUACCUUGGGAUUGGUAAUGCUGUUUAAAGGAGAGAAUGGGAAUGAUCACUGCAGUUGGUGCCAUUACCUAAGCUGCGUGCCUACUUCAAAAUGGAACUGCGAGAACCGAUGAAGAUUUUUCCAACUUAUCUUCUGUUUGAUCAUUUUUUUUGUUCUUUUUUCCCCUCUAUUUGUGUUGAUUUUCAUUUGUUCAUUUUUUUGUUAUGCUUCCACGUGUAAGUAAAUGACACUGGGAUUGACUUUGGACAUAAAAAGAGUAAUAUAACGUUUU